AUGGACCUGGCGGAGAAGCGGAAGCAGCUGGAGGCCCUACGCGCCGCCCGGCAAGCGAAGCAGCAGGUAGUGGAGCAGUACAUCUCUGGCCGCUCCUCAAACCCGGAUGGCAGCCCGACGUCCUCGACGUCCUUGUCGAGGAGUGCCCUUGCUUUGGCACUGCCUGCCAGUGCUGCUGCGGGCGACUCAGCAGCAGCGGCAGGCACCUCAACUUCGCCAAGGUCGGCACUGCCAUUGUCGCUUCGUAGCCGCAGCGGUGGAGGGCGGCUGUCUGUGUCGUCGACUCGCGGCUCCGCUGCCACAGCCAAAGCUGCCGCCCCUUCUGCGGCCUCAUCGCCUGUCACGCCGACCACCCCGACAGCGCAGAAGGCGCGCCCGACAACCCCGAGUAAGCAGUCCGCUCCCUCGCAGACUCAAGCUGCCGCCGCCGACGGGGGCGUCGCACCUCGAUCGAUUCACUUCGUGUCAAUGAACAAGGAUAGCACGGCGGCGCACGCUGCCAUGGCCGGCUUCUCUGCCGCUUCUCCAAACGCGCGCCCUGUUGUCGGGUCGCUUUGUGGAUCAGCUCUGCCGACGGUUGCCUCAAGGGCAGCCGCCGCGCCUCCAACAGAGGAAGGACUGGCCGCUUAUGGGGGCUGGGGCUUCCUGCGAAAGUGUAUGCGUGUCCCGGCGCGGGAUGCCACCGGGGCUACGGUGACGCAACCCGUCUGCAUCUUCAACCCUUCUGUGCUGCUCGGUGAUGUAGCCGGGUCAGUCGAGAGUAGCCGCCGACGCGUCAUCUUGGACUCCACCUCGUGCCUCGUGCCCUACGACGGCGCGGCUGCCGGCCAGCGACUCAGCGACGGUGCCAUGAUGACACUGCCUACGGUGUGGUCGGUGUGCGUGGCAGCGGCCUACGGAUCGUGCGACUCUCCCGCUGUAACGAGUGGCGGCAAUGGCGGUGAGCUUUCGGUGAACACGCGCUGCCAUGGCAACACCGACCCGGCAGGGCCGGACAAUCGCACGGGCGCCAGCGCGCUCGACCCGCUGUUCAUGCUCAGCACUGGUGGCACCUCUGUCGGGAUGUCCCAGCAGCGCGCCAGUGCGGCUGCGAGGCCGGCGACCGGUGCCGCUGCCGCUGCGGCUGCUGCGAGGGUGCGUGCCUCCAUGGAUUUCGGGUAUCCGUGGGGCUCCGCCUCCGCCGCACCGUCGGCUGUGCCGGGCGCCACGACGGAGUCGGCUCUGAAGGUGGCGAAGGAGUCACCAGGACUUGUGCUGGCGUGGCUCCUCGUGCCUCUGCCUGCCAACACGAUGCCUCGAAAGGAGGGCUCCUUUGCCGGGGCUGCAGCGGCUCCUGGUGGUGGAUUCGUGAGCUGCGUCAGCGGCGACAUAACAACGAUGCCUGAGCACGUUGUGAUUGUGCUCCCUCUCGUGUGCGACUCGGAGGUGACGACACUGCUCGCCCAUCCAUUGCAGCCAUCGACGCUGCUCGGUGGAACCCGGUGUGGCCGGAUCGUGCAGUGGUCGAUUGGGCAGGCGUGGGCACAGAUCGAACCACGCCGGCUACUGGAGCGGGCGCUUGCGACGACGGGCACCACAACGACUCUGCUACUUCCGCCACAGCGGCCAGCCCACUCGUCGUUUCCGUCGCCGCAGGCACACCAGGCGCCAGUGUUGCGCAUGGCUGUUCACGGCGACGCCAGCUGCCACCACCUUUACUCUAUCAGCCAAGAGGGCAAGGUGUGCACGUGGACAGCGUCGCAGCCACUGCACCCAGCGGCGUCCUGCCUGUCGUACCUCGGCAUUCGGCCGAUGGGCUGCAUCGGGGUGACGGCGCAGUUCGUGGAGCGGGCCGGCACGGACGCCAUGACAAAGGUUUUCAUUGGCACCACCUCGGGUGCGCUCCUCGUCGGCGCGAACAGGGACGCGAAGUCGAUCGAGCUCCAGUACUAUGGCCCGCCACGCGCGCUGCCAACUUCAUCGACUGUCAUUAGAACACUCGACAUCACCGCCACGUCAGUCUCUACUGCUUCGUUCCGUGACGGCGCAGCGGCCACGGCGUCGACUUGCUUGACAGCCUCACUCGCGCACCCCGCGGGCGCUGACGCUUUCGCGGCUGCUGAGGAGAGCGGUCACCACCACCACCACCACCACCACCUUACCGCGGUGUCCUCGCCAUCACCAGCGACUGCCGCGGUGGCGCGCCGUGUUCAGGCUGCGGCACUGCAGCCGCAUCGAGGUCGCAUCGUCUCGAUGGCUGUGCAGACGGCGACCCACGGCCUGCGGGGUCGUGACUGUGUCGUGUCGGCGGCAACGGACGGCAGCUGCGUCGCCUGGUUUGACCGCUCUGUCAUUCCUCUCGAAGGCUUCUCCUCGGCCGUAACGAGCGUCUGCUGGUCGCCGACGAAGCAAGGCGUUCUCGCCGCCGGUGACGCCAGUGGACUGGUCACCGUGUGGGCUGUGAGCACGAGCAUCAUUACGCCUGUGGUGACCGUGUCGCUGCGUGAAGCGGGCCACCGCGCUCGCGGCAACGCGUCAUCAGACGGGGUGCUGUGGGUGGUGCCAGGGACGAGCGACGCAGCUGCGGGAGCUGGCAGCGGCACCGCCGGUGGCGGUACCUUCGGCUUUGGGGGUGACGACGAUGAGGCCGACGUCUUCGACGGAGAGGAGGUGGGUGCUUCACUGGGUGAGGCUGACGUGGUCGGCACCGCCAUCUCCUCUGUCUUUUUCUCUCGCGACGGGCAGUGGCUUUUCGCGAGUACGGCGAGAGGCUACGUGCACACACUGCACUUGGGCACGUCACUGGUGUAG